CAGUGCAACACCAUCGCCAGGAGACAGCUGCCACCGACCGCGGACGCCCUAGCAGCGGCUACACCACCCGCACUCCGACCUCGCGCUAUCAGCGACUCGCCAGCCUCCCUGACGACCGCAGGACGCACGGCGACCUUCUCUGCAGAGCCUGCCCGACCCCGACGAUGCGCGCCGCCCUGCGAACAGCGUUGCUGCUCCCGACGCUCGCCGCUGCCGGGCUUGUCGACGUGGUCGAGCGCGCGCUCACCGGCGUCGUAGAUUGCGCGACAUGCCACUCGUCGCUGCCCACCUUCAAGGCCCUCGCCGCCCUCGGCGACGAACGCUUCGUGCAGACCAUCACCCAAGCAUGCAUCGACCUCAAGAUCGAAGACGCCGACGUGUGCGAGGGCGCGAUCCGCACGCAGGGCCCCAUCCUCGCGCACGACCUCCGCCACUUCUCCCUCUUCGGCGACACCGCGACCAAGUUCUGCGAUGCCGUCUUUGGCAUGUGCGAUCUCCCGCCCGUCACGCCCUGGCUGGUGCCCUUCCCCAAGCCGAUACCGGACGUGCAGAGGGUGUGGAAGAGUCGUGGACGCGAGCCGGUGAAGGCCAUGCACUUCAGUGACGUGCACAUCGAUAGGGAGUACACGCUCAACUCGGAGGCGAAGUGCACCAAGCCCAUCUGCUGCCGGGACUUUGGCGAGCGGCCCAAACACGUCCAGUCGCCUGCCCUACCCCUCGGCAUGCGGACGUGCGACGCCCCGGGCCUGCUCGCAGACUCCAUGCUCGAGGCGGCGGAGAGGCUCGGUGCGGGCGCGCGAUUCUCGAUCUUCACCGGGGACGUGAUCGACCAUGCCGUGUGGGACGUAGACGAAGAGAACGUACCGAGGAAUAUGCUCGAAUUCACGGAUCAGUUUGCGCAGAAGCUGAGUGCACCUCUGUUCCCUGCCCUAGGUAAUCACGAGUCCGCACCAACAAACAGUUUCCCGCGAGAUACGACAGAGCAUGAUAUCACCGCCGACUUCGUGUUCAACGCGCAAAUGCAAGGCUGGGGUCAAUGGAUAGGUGAGAACGCGACAGCGCAAAUACAACAUCAUUCAGGGAGCUAUGCCGUGAUGGCGCCCGGCAUGGACCUUCGAGUUAUCUCGGUCAACACGCAGUACUGGUACAAGCAGAACUUCUGGCUGUACGACAGCGACGAGCACCAACCCGACCCGAACGGCAUCCUCUCCUUCCUCGUGGAACAGCUCGAGGCCGCGGAGGACGCCGGCCAGCGCGCGUGGAUCGUCGCGCACAUGCCGCCCGGGCGCGGCGACGUCGUGCGCGACCAGUCCGCGUACUUCGACCAGGUCGUCCAGCGCUACAAGCACACGAUCGCCGGCCAGUUCUACGGGCACACGCACGCGGACGAGUUCGCGAUCGGGUACGCGAACUACAGCGCGCGCACGGCGGAGAACGCGGUGAGCGUAGCGAUGAUCGGGCCGGCGAUGACGCCGAUGAGUGGGAACCCGGCGUUCAAGAUGUAUGACAUCGACCCGGACACGUACGAGCUCAUGGACGUGCGAAGCUACUACACUAACAUCUCAGACCCGAACUACCAGCUCAACCCGACGUGGCAGCUCCUGUACAGCGCCCGCCGGGACUACGCGCCCCUCGUGCCCGCGCUGCCGCCGAACGCCUCGCUCAGCCCGGCGUUCUGGCACAACCUGACCGAGGUCUUCUACAAGAACGACACGGCGUUCCAGACGUACAUCGCGCACAAGCACCGCGGGCGGGAGUUCGUGAGGCGGCCGUGCGAGGGCGCGUGCAAGAACGGGACGCUAUGCGAGAUGCGCACGUUGCGCGCGGAUGUUUGUGCUCAGCAAUCGGGCCCCGUCUUCCGCAUCCCGGACGGCCAUGGCCACUCGAGCUUUGCGCCGGAGUUGGGGUCCUGCGAAGGCUCGGGUAUUGGCGGGAUCCUGCGCAGGAUGGCUGCGAAAGCCGCUGAACAGGACUUCGUGUUCGACGAUUCCUCCGCACUCCCUGAGCAUGCGGACCAGACCGUAAUGCGUCUCUAGACUUCCACGAUGGCGUGUAAGUAUCGACAAAUGUACGUCAGAAUCUCUCGACAUGUAUCAUCAUGGACUGUAAUCUGCUGGAGCUGGAUUGGAGGCCUCUAGAGUUUUGGCCAGGGACGUUGCACAACUAUCGUUCGCUUGACAGGAAUGUAUCUAUGCACUGUGAAUGUAUCCCUUGCUUUCUUGUCUGAGUGAAGACUUCAUCCGGCGCCCAAGGUCGUCGGACAGCUGGUACU